CGGAGACCCAUUCCUUUCAGCUUCAUCCCUUUUUCGAAUCAACCACCCACAAAACCAUCAACCAUGUCUGACAACGCCGAGAUCAAGAUCGAGACCGCCCCCUUCGACGCUCGUUUCCCCAACACCAACCAGAGCAAGCACUGCUGGCAGGCGUACGGCGACUACUACAAGUGCAUCAACGCCCGUGGCGAGGAGUUCACUCCCUGCCAAGAGUUCAAGAAGGUCUUCAAGAGCAUCUGCCCCAACUCCUGGGUCGAGAAGUGGGAUGAGCAGCGUGAGGAGGGCACCCUCCCCUUCAAGGUCACUGUUUAAACAAUAAAAACGCUUGACGUGAUCGAUUGCGCCCAUACGCCCUCAAAAAGCCGAAAGCCGAUAUAUAUAUAUCUCUUGUCUCAACACUCUACUCUCAACUCAACUACAACCACUCGCCCAUCCAUACUAGAAAGACAAAUGCAGCCGUCGCUUGCUUCGCCAAAUAACAUUCAAUGAAGGAGAAAAUAAGAAAGGAAAAGAAUAGGAAAGAGAAAGAAAAAUAGAGUGGAAGUUUAAAUAGAAGAGGGAUAGUAUGGAUUCUUCUUUUGUUUUCAGGUUGCAUCUGUUGUUUUUUUGUCUUUUGUCGAGCAACUUUUGCAUCAAACAAUACAACGGAUUCUUUUGAAGAACAAGAGAGGAUAAGUCGUAUAGAGAACCCCUUCAUGGCAUGUAUCGUGCAUGAGCCGUGCAUGUCAUCCCAGCAAUGCAUAGCAAGGAAGCAAGGACAUAUCUGGGGCUAGAUAUAGUCGACAGUUAUCC